AUGGGCAAUUCCGAGUCACGAGGCACUUCUUCCUCUACUCCAGAUAAUUCUCGUUCCAUGCGACAUUCACUUCCACCACAGGCAAGUACAGAAUUUGACAAUAUUACGGGACAAGGAAAACGCGACGUGAGACGCUCUGCAUCUAUGCCAGUUGAAAGAGAAGACGUUGUCACAGACCGACGGCCAGUUACAAGACCACGAGCUAGUUCUAGCUCCAGUAGUGAUGAUCAAAUGGAGCAUGAGCGAGGUGGUAUUGAACGAGGACAGGAAGCAACGGAAGAAGCAUCGUCGCAACUUAGUUAUUGGUAUUUACUCAAACAUGGAUACACAGAACUCGUCCAUUUGAUCAUUCGGCCACCACGUACCGACUAUGAUUUGAAAGAUUUAGGACCGGAAAAGUUUACAUUUCUUGGUCGAUCGUUUGUUCGAAAAGAUUUUACUGUGGUAAAUGAUCGCAAGCAAAAGCUUGUAUGCUCACAUUGGCGACCAGCUUUAUCGUCUUCAACAGAGUUAAUACCUUGUGUCAUUUAUUUACACGGCAAUUCAUCGUGUCGAUUAGAAGCACUUGGAGUUUUACGAACUUGCUUAGCUGCUGGAAUAUCGGUUGCAGCAUUUGAUACUGCUGGAUGUGGUAAAUCUGAUGGGGAAUAUAUAUCACUUGGUUUUUACGAACGUGAUGACUUGAGAGAUGUUGUAACAUAUCUUCGAACAAAAGAAAAUGUUGGUGCUGUGGCAUUAUGGGGACGAAGUAUGGGGGCAGCAACGGCACUGCUACAUGCUGAUCGAGACCCGUCUAUUGCUGGUAUUGUGGUGGACAGUGCAUUUGCUAGUCUCGAACAGCUUGUAGAGGAGGUGGUGGAACGUGGUCGAAAGGAAGGGCUGACUUUACCUGGAUUUCUUGUCAAGAUUGUGCUGAAGUUCAUUCGGUCUUCUGUUAAAAAGCGUGCACAUUUUAAUUUAAGGCGACUGGCGCCAAUUGAUCAUGCUCCUGUGUCAUUUGUACCGGCUAUGAUUGUUGCAGCAGAGCACGAUACAUUCAUCGCUCCACAUCAUAGUGAUCAAAUUUUUGCAGCUUAUGGAGGCGAUAAAAAUCUUAUCAAAGUUGAUGGAGAUCACAACAGUUCUCGACCUCAAUUUCUUCUUGAUUCUGCUGCAAUAUUUUUGCAAACAGCGCUACAAGUGGACGUGGCGACACUUUCGCAAUCGAGUACUUUUAUUGAUGUUAUAACUGGUGGUGGACGUGUACCAUGGGAUGUAGCCGCAGAACGCGCUCCUUCAUUUUCGAUAUGCUCAUCUCCGGCAUCGUCAUACCGCUUAACAAUGGAUUUUAAUGCUCGACACUCUGGUCGAUUGUUGGUGCCAAUGGAGUCAUGGGCUUGUACUUCAUGCACAUUUGUUAAUCGACCACUUUUUGUGCAGUGCGUUAUAUGUCGAAAUCUUUAUUUUUCUGAUGAAGAAGAGGGUGAGAAUGAACAGGAUGCACUUUAUGCACGAAGACGCACGUUGACUAUAGCUAAACCCUCGCCAGCUUCAUCUCUCCAAGGCUAUCGGAGACGAUCACUUGACGCAAGGUUAUCAGUGCCAGAACAUACUCACACUAAACGAGCUGUGCACAUUGCAAAAGUCUCGACUGCGACGACUUGUGAGCCAGCACGAGCAGUAGCGCCGAAUACACGUUUGACAAUCUAUAAUUUACUAUAA